CGUCGUGCAGACCCCGCCUCCCUGGAAAUAAAAUAUAUUUUUUAAGAAAUAAUUUCAGAAAGAAAAUAAAAUAAAAACUGGUGAAACACAGGAGGCAACACAUCAACGAAAUAAAUUGUGUAAAAUUAAAUCGUGAUGCAACGUGCUAAUUCCAGGUGUGUUUACACUGUCAAAGGUGCAGCUCAGGAAGUAUUAUGCAUAUGAGAAAUGACAAUCAGAACACAAGGUAAGUUGGUUAUUACAAAUUAGUGGUGUGAGAGAGUCAAUAUGCAUAUGGGACAGAAUGUAAAAAGGACAAAUCCAGACAGAGAAAGUGGAGAUUGUGACAUUCAUGAUUUUUUAUUGGUAUUGUUUAAAUAAAAUUAUAGUGAGUUGAAUUAUUGAAUAGUGUCACUCUUAAUUUUCCAAGUCUGAUGUGUUGGUCCGGAGAUGGUAACGGGCCGAGUUCCCUCCGCUCUCUAUCCUGCAUACAGGUUCAGGUGAAUAAUGAGGUGAGGAGAUGGUAAUGAAAAUGAGUAGGGAUGAUGAUGAUGAUGAUGAUGAUACAACACGUCAAGCUCGGCCUUCCCAAUGUGAAUUUAAGAGGUAAGUGAUACAUUUGAAAUUGGUAAAAGUCCAUGGUGCCGUAUGAGUUAUGUAUAAGGUUGUAAUAACAUGUUGAAUAACUAUGAUGUAAUGUGUUGUGAAUUAUCUUGUGUGUGAUGUGCUGUAAUUAAUCUAUGUGUCAUGUAGGUCUGAAAUUAAGUUGUCCAGCUCCCCUAGCCAGUGGGAGAAGAUAGCACUGGCUGUCUCUGUAGUCCACUGUAUGUUGUCAGUUUGUGUUAUGAAAUCCUGGUCCGGGAAAGCUGAGAAAUGUGUAUAGUGUUUUAUUAUGUGAUUAUUGAUUAUUGCCAGAUUGUGCUGUUCUAUUGCUGGUAGAUGUGGUGAAUGGUUGAUAAUAGGAACGAUUAUGGAAGCAUUAGGGAAGGCCGAGCAAGCCUUGUUGACCACAGUUCUGAGCUGUUUCACAGAGGUGUUGUGGGGAUCCUGAGCCCUGUUAUUUAGGUCCACCGAGAGGAUCAGCACUUUUGGGUUUCUGUUAAUUGGUGUUUUUUCCAGAAUCUUCCAGAAAUGAUAGAAGGAGGCUCCCGGGUAGCUGUCAGCCUGGACAAAAGGGUGGUUAAAUUUGGGGAUUCUGUGUAUGUUUGAAUCCCCCAGUAUGGCAAUUGGUUUAUUAAUUUUGAAUUCCCAGUCCCGCAGCUUGCGGUUGUCUCUGGCCUGAUGGUAAGUGGGGUCAGAGGCUGUGUCUGCGCAUGCGCCCCGGUGGGGAGAGCCCCUCGGCUCGGUACGUCUCCCCGGCAGGUGUAUUUUUGGAAUGGGUGAGGAAAGAUCAGAGUUGGAAUAGUAGUCUGUCAUGUUGACUUUUUGACCUAAAUUACUCAUCAUUUCAUUUUUCCUCACAGAUUCUGUGUUACACCGGGGAGCCGCCUCUGCCUCAGUGGGUGCGCUCUCCCCACCCUGAUGUGAUCUGGGCGCGGGCGCCGGGAGAUGGAAGGUGCCGUUUAAUACUGACCCCAGGCCAGACUCUGCAUGAACGCAGGCUGACAGCAGUCCUCGGGAGCCAUGGCAUUCACCGUCCUCUGGGGGCAGCGCCUGUGGGGGGAAGUAGGAGAGGAGGAAGCCGACAGUUGCGGGAGAGGAGGAUGAAGCGCUCAGGUAGGCAAGGUGUUCACACCGGGUGCUAUUAAAACGUAACUUUUAAUGAUUUAAAUUUAAAAAACCAACGAGGGUCCUGGUUCCGAAUAAUAAAGAGACUAAUUAAAAAGUUUAAGGAGCGGCAGCGGCUCCGCUGACAGAGCAGGAUCCCCUGACGUUUCGUGCCUCGCCGGCACUUCUUCAGAGGGGAAAUGAAAGGGGGAAAGGGUUAGGGUUAGGGUUAGGGUUAGGGUUACCUGCUGGAGGGCCUGGUGCGGUGGAACGAGAAUCGAGGCAGGGCGGCAGUUGAGGGAGGACAGAGGUCGGCGCUGCGUUGCUACAGUGCCCAGCUGCAGCACAGCUUCGACCAGCUGACCCAAGAGCUUCUUGGGCUCACGCUGGUCGACACUUACACCGUGCCCAGGGAGUACACAGGUAAGUCAUAAAUCUGUCUGAGGUAACGGUAACGUUUAACACCUGUCUUAGGUGUCUGUCAUUUAACAUCUCCUGACACUCCAGGGACUGAUGAGGAGGAAGCGGGGGGGGGGCAGUGAUGAAGGGUUCGAGGAGGAGGAGGAGGAGGAGGAAGAGGAGCCAGAGGAGAUUCGUCUCCUCGAACACCACAGCGCUCUCCUUCAGUCCUCAAACCUCACCCGCCCCCCCCCGCUUGGACCUAAUGGAGGUGCAGCAGGCUGAGGAGGAGGACGUUAUCGGGCCAGACGGUCGAGGCAGCUACCAGCACGUCGUGGCCCUGGCCCAGGCCCUCGUGGAACUGCGCCACCGCCGCUACGUCACUCCCAGGCAAGCCAGAGAGGUCACCGCUCUCUGGCUGAAAUUGAGUGACUGGGACAAGGCGGCGGUCACAUUCCCCCCCCGUCACCAGGACCGGCUCGUCCAGGGCCGAUUCAGGACCACCCAGCGGCACGCUCACACACCAGGGGUGGAUAGUGUGAAGCGUGCGGUCCUGGGCAAGGGGGCGGGAGCGGCGCAGUCUCCCGAUGUGUCGAGGCUUGUGGAGGCUGUCCUGCUGGACCUCAGCAUCCUCCACUGCAGUGAGGGGAGGACGAUUGCCGGGGUCCGCAUUCAUCGCUGGAGUGCCGUCAUGAGGGACUAUCAAACAAUUCGAGAGAAUGUUUAUAGUUGUGCAGCCCUCAUGCAGGCACCCGCAUCCAGCUGUAUGAGGCACACCAAGAGGAGCAAGGCGAUGAUGAGGGACACCAUCGCCAUUGCAGUCCCGGGGCCCAGCGCUUCCCAGACUGCAGCGGAGCCUCGCCUGCCCCACGGACUGUGCUGCAGCAGCCUGAGCAGCCAGACCAGCCCCUCCAGCACCGCCUGCCUGCGGACGCUUCUGGUCUGGCUGCCACCAUCAGAGGGCCGCUGGCCCCGGAGCGAUACGACCUCAUCGUCGCCAGCUCCUCAACUGCCACCACCUCCUCCUCCUCCUCCUCCUCAGCCACCCCACAAGCCUCCACCAGUGUCAGCGCGGACGCCGUCCGUCCACCAGUGCCAGCGCAGACGCCGUCCCGUCCGCCAGCGCAGAGGCAGGUGUCACCCCCUCCACAGCCACAGCUGCCACUGCUCCACCAGUGUCUAGAAACACUGCCUGGAGGCGCAAGCUCCAGGAGGAGAAAGAGCGUCGUGCCCGGGAGCUGGGAGAAUAUAUGAAACCAGCAAAGAAGGUCUCCCACUUCAACUGCAGGCACUGUGGCCAACCAAAGACGCGGGCGUUUGGCCACAGCCGCUACAAGACGGAGACCUUCUGCUCCCGGGCCGACGGGAAAGGGAGAACUGUGGAGCAGUGGCUGGCAGAGGUGAAGGGGCGUGAUGGUGCA